AUGACAAUUCGUGGAUGGGAUCCUACUAUUCGAGAUCGAUUUGAAAGUUGCCAUUCGAUAGCAUCUUUUGCUCCAACAUCGGAGCAAUAUUGCAAGGCUUUUACAAUGUGCUGCUCUAUGCAGUUCGACCCGAACAAUGGUGACAAAUGUCAGACCAACGAGCAACGAUGUAUUCCGCUCCAAGUGAGUCAAAUCGAAUAA